AUGGCAACCGUAGCAGCUAAAAGCGUCACCCGGCUGACGGCCAAAACUCUAUCCCAGAGAACAUUUAGUGUCACGCCAUUUAUAUACACUAGAAUGAGUUCUUCAUCUGCUACUGCUGCAACGUCAGAAACAGAAGAUGCCACCAAAACAGCAAAAGCCAACUACCAGAUCGUCACCUCUCACCAUAACUUCCACGAAGCCGAAUCCCAAAGACCCAACUUCGACCACAAUACCCCCAUCAGUAUCACCAAGUCACCUUAUCCUACCUGGACAUACGGCCAAGGUGUGCCCGAUAACAACAACAGCGCCAGCAAAACCCACCACGAGAUCGAUCCCUACGCUGAGGAUCGCCCAAUGGUAAACAACUACCGACUGCUCGUGUCAGGCAUCGCACCUCGACCCAUCGGCUUCAUCAGCACUGUCUCCGGUGAUGGUAAGACCGAGAAUCUCGCGCCAUUCAGUUACUUCCAAGUCGUGGAUCACGACCCACCCAUGUUCAUUGUCGGGUUCUCAUCCCGUCCUGGUGCAGUCAAGGAUACGUACCGCAACCUGAAAGAGACGGGUGAGUGUGUGAUCAACACCGUUUCAGAGGGAAUGGUUGAGGCAGUGAACGCGACGUCAAUUGAUGCCCCAUAUGGGGUAUCCGAAUGGGAAGUCUCGGGGCUUGGUAAAGCUCCUAGUUCAACUGUCAAGGCGGCGAGGGUAAAAGAGUCGGUUUUCUCUAUCGAGGGAAAGGUUGUUGAUAUUAAAGAAUUUGAAGCCCAUAAGCCGGGCAUGAGCUCCCCUGCGGUGGUUUUGAUUCAAGCAACGAGGUUCUGGGUGCAGGAGGGUGCGGCGGAUGAGGAGUUUAGUCAUAUCGAUUUGGAGAAGUUGAGGCCUGUUGCACAGUUGGGUGGGGUCUCGUAUGGAAGAAUUACGUCGACGUUUGAGAGGCCUAGGAAGAAGUGGGAUGAUGAAGUUGGGAAGAGUGAGUUCCUGGCUGGUUUGGAGAGGAGGAAUAAGGGAAGUUUGUGAAUCUGGGCUUAGUCUUGUUAGAUAUAAAAUACUUCUCAUUCUAGACUAGGCGACUUAAUAGAAUGUUAAAUCAUAUGCAAGCUUUCU